GGCCGGGCCGGGCCGUCCUUGCGCGGGGCUCCCUUCGGGCUGCGGCCCCUCGGCGGGGCGGGUCUGGGGGCGGGGGUCUGGGUGCGGACGCCGAGCGCUGUCCCGUCCCGUCCCGUCCAGGGGCGCCGGGCCCCCGCUCCCCCCGCCGCCCAGCUGUACCGGCACCCGGCUUUCGGGCGGCGGGGGCGGAAGCGGCGGGCCCCGGGGGCUGGGGGCUCUGCGGCCGGAUGCGCGGGGCCCGGAAGCGCCGGCGGGAAAGUCCCCGCGGUGAACACUCCCCUCGCAGGCCGGGGCUCCGGACCCCCGACGACCCCCGGCAGCGCCUGGACGCGGGGCCUCGCCGCCAUGUUCCCGGCCGGAGCCGCGCAGGCGCCCCCCGCCCACUCCUUCAGCCUCCGCGCCCAGGUGAAGGAGACGUGCGCCGCCUGCCAGAAGACCGUGUACCCCAUGGAGCGGCUGGUGGCCGACAAGCUCGUCUUCCACGGCAGCUGCUUCUGCUGCAAGCACUGCCGCGCCAAGCUCAGCCUGGGCAGCUACGCGGCCCUGCACGGGGAGUUCUACUGCAAGCCGCACUUCCAGCAGCUGUUCAAGAGCAAAGGCAACUACGACGAGGGCUUCGGCCGGCGGCAGCACAAGGAGCUCUGGGCGCACAAGGAGGCGGACGCGGGCACCAAGCCGGCCUGACGCCGCCCCCCGGGUCUGUCCGCGGGUGGGUG